GCCGGGGGGAAACACGCUUAUCGCAAGGAUGAACAGGGGCUAUUCAUCCGCGUGGAUUCCAACAGGAAAAAGGAGUGUACCUCCAUGUACAUGGGGGUGUCUCCAGCGCCGAACCACAACAAGGACGGCAGCAGGCCUGCUUGGCGGGCUCGCUACGAAGGAACUAACCUUGGCACUUUCGACACAGAAGAGGCCCGCGCUGAUCAUGAGAAGAAUGGAGGCAGCCCUGGCUCCAAUGGAGUGAAGCGUCCGUCUCCCACACCACAGGAGAAAGAGGCAAGCCCAAACAAGGCAAAUCAACGAAUUGAAACCCCAGCAGCUUGA